UUACAGUCGAUGUUUUGACAAGAGGUAUUGAUAAUAUUGAAAUACAGCAAUCAUGGAGAAAAAGAAUUGUAACUGCUGUUUCGAUGAGAAAACUUUAGCGAGGCUCGAAAGAGAAACACAGGAAACCUUGAAAGGACUUUUAAAAUUAGGAAUUUGCAAAAAAUUUCGUAAAAAAGAUGCUUCGCAAUUGCAAAAGGAAAAAGAUGAGACUGGAAAGGAUGAAAUUGAAGCACAGAAAUCGAAGGAAAUUGUUAAAUCAACUGGUUAUCAACUCGCAAAAUUUUCGCAAUCGAAAUCGUAUCGACUGAUAAAUGAGGAAGAAAGAAAAAAAGCGUUCUUGAAUCAAUACAAAAGAUGGAAAUUUUAUACUGCUCUGAUUAAACUAAAGACCAAUCUAUUGAAUCAACGAUGGAUUUACACUUGCCAUUUAAGAGAAAGAACAAUAAUUCGAGAAAGCAAACGUUUAGAAACUAUCGAAAGAAUAAGAUGGCAGUACAAUAUCGAUGAAAGUGUACCAUCAGAUUCUAUCAUUUUUGACAAAAUUUUGAGAUAUAAACGGGAAAAAAGGAAGCAAAUGAAACUUAGAAAAGAAAGAACAGUCAUGAUCAUCGAGAAGAUAAUGAAAGAAAUGAUCAACGGUAUUCGACUAGCAGAAAAACCAACAGGCAUUCAAAUUAUACAAAAAAUAACAGAGACGAAGUUUCGAAUAAUUGACUGGGACAGUUCUAUAAAAACUUGUUCAGAAGAAGAAACAAGGAAAGAGGAUGUAAAAGAUGAAUCAAAAAAUCUUGAAGAAAACGUCGCGAUUACUGAAAUCGCAGAUACAUCGACACACGAGAAAAACGUCACGAAACCUGCCAAGGAAGAAAAAGUCACCGAGGACAGAAAACCGAUGAAAGGUGAAGGAAUUACUGAAAAAGGAGUAAGAAGAAAAUGCAAAUCGAGAGAAAAAAUUUAUCCAGAAGACACAUGUUUCUUCGCGACUCCAAGCACAGUGGUUUUCGAUGCCUUCAACGCGAACAAGGUGUACAACAAGAAAGUGACAAUCACGAAUAAAACGACGAAGUGGGCGUACCUUAGGUUCCACAAAGUGAACACUGACGUUUGGGAGCCCGUCGUCGAGAUCGACAUCAUCGAUGCUGCGAAAGUCAAAGCCGGAUUACACGUAACAGUAAACGUGAAAUUUUCACCCGUCAACGACGAGAAAGUGAUAGCAGAAAUUUCUUUUCUCACUCUCAGCCCCGACGAUCCGAACACUUUCCACGAAUUUCGUGUUCCCGUUCGAUGCACACCGGACGGUCCUCGACCUAACGUCGAUCCUAAGGAAUUAAGAUUCCCUUCUGCUCCGAUUUGGAAAUACGAGGACUUGAAGAUCAAGGAAAAGGCUCUUACCAUCUCUAACGAUGGUGGAAAAUCAUUUUCAAUAAUAAUUGGAGAAAGAAACGAUCUUAAUGAUUGUUUCCUAUGGUUCUUCGACGAAGGAGAAGCGCAAAGUGCAAAAUCCUCCACUUUUCUAAAUGAGAGUAAAGAGAACAUAGAAGAUGAAUUGAAUCAUCAAGAUUCUCGAAAAAUGUAUCAAAUCGAAGUUCCUCCAAAAUUGAAAUGCAUUUUAAGGAUCUCUUUUCGACCAAGAUACAUUGGAUUACAUCACGAAGUUUUGGAAAUUCUAUUUUCCUCUAACGAUUCGAUAUUUGGCAAACAGAAUGUGCCAGUCUGGGCAGAGGUGACUGGUUACCAAAUUCAUUUAGAUCCACCCUGUAUCGAUCUAGGAAUUCUGAUGACUGAUUCUGACAUUUGUCAACAAACUUUCAAUAUCAUUAAUACAGGACGUUCUAGCGUUGAAGUGUUAAUGAAGACUCCGAAACGUUUGGGGUCUCAGGUGACCGUUUAUCCGAAAUCGACAAUCGUGCAAGCAGACGCAAAUUCUACAGUUUGUGUGAGAUUGAUUCCUGAAUCGAGCAUCAUCAAUUUAUCAAAAGGAUUCUACGAUCGAGUGUCGAAGAUACUAGAGUUUCCAAUUCACGUGCAGAUUCUGUCUCGAGAUUCAGAACAGCCCCCGCCAUUAAUUUUGAAAGUUCUCGCCAAUUUGACUACCUGUCAGGGUUUAGUAUUAGAACCAGCGUACGUUGACUUGGGACUCGUGUACACCCACGAAUCAGUGUACACAGAAAUAACAUUAACCAACAACAGUUUGUUAAUUCAAGAAUAUGCCUUUUUCCACUUACCUCCCUUCAUGGAGAUACAUCCUAAUCAUGGUUUUGGAGCUAUCCUACCUGGUGAAACUAUCGAACUUCAUCUGAUCUACUCUGCAUGCUUGACGGAUAUUCCUGGAAAUGAAAUUGGAGCGAAUGGGUUGGCUGGUGAAAGAAUAUUCCGGAUACAAGCGGUGACUCUGGCAGAACUGGUUGGGAAGAAAGGAGAAACGAAAUUAAAGGAAUUGAAAAAUUUUCACAAGAUAUCAAAACCUGAUGGUCUUGCACCACCGGUGUCUCUGACUGAUAAUAAUGAGACAAAUCAAAUGGAAGAUGAUUUCUUUAUGGAUGAGGAAGAUUCAGAUGAGGAUGUCGAGGAGACCGAAGAUGGAAAAAUGAAGAAAUCUUGCAAAAGGGAAAAGAAAAAUGUGAUGGAUGUUCGCGUGUACAUCGUGGAUACGUUUUGCGAGUUAAGCGAACAGAUUAUAGAGUUUCCUGCCACACCUUGCGGCUCAUUUUCACAGGUCUCUGUUCAACUGAGAGGAUUUAAUAUGGCUUCUUAUCCUCGUUGUACCUGUGGAAUAGCGAAGAAUCAAAAUAAACAGUUCACAGCUCGUUUUAAGUUUAAAUGUUCCUCUGAUCAAGUGGAAGUCGUACCACAAUCUGGUAUUCUACAUAGUAAUCAGUUUAUCGGGGUGAAUUUUAAUUUCAAACCGAGAUUAAAGGAGAAAAUUGAGGAGGAUAAAACAAAAUCCAAAAAGGAUGAUAAAUCUCUGAAAAAAGGUACCAAUUAG